GGUGGAGGCCGCGCACCGACACUCCCUCCAUGUUGAACUUGUGCGAGGCUGCCUCACUUCACUUCUCACCAGCUCUCAGUCAGCCAGUGCGUCAGUCAGCCAGCCAGUCAGUCAGUCAACCGCCGCAUGGCUUAUGUUCGCACCGCCUUUCCUCACUAACAAGUGGAAUCGUGUCUGCUGGGGAGGAACGGAAGGAAGGACGGACGCAAACGAGGGAAGAGGAUCCGGUGCUGUGCUGAUCGUGACAUCUUAGUGGCGUGCUGUGCAUGUUUAAAUCAGAGCGCGGUGGUGCCGAGUGUCGGCCAGACGACUAGUCCGAGCAGCGGCCACCUCAGUCCCGCAGGCAUGACUUGGAGACGGGUUGCCGUCUUUGCUGCCUUUUUGCUGUUUUUCCUCCUAAAGGUGUCGGACGGGUCGGGGCAGUUCGAGUUACAAAUCUUGUCCACGCACAACGUGAACGGGGAGCUGCUGAGCGGCGCGUGCUGCCACGGCGCGCGGAGCAGCGCGGACACGAAGUGCGCCAGAGGAGAAUGUCGGACUUUUUUCAAAGUUUGCCUGAAGGAAUACCAGUCCAGGGUCUCCGCGGCGGGGCGGUGCAGUUUCGGAAUGGGAUCUACGCCCGUCCUCGGAGGGAAUACCUUUUCUUUCAGGAGCUCGGUGAGGAAUGACAAGACCAGGAUAGUUUUGCCCUUCAGCUUCGCGUGGCCGAGAUCCUACACUUUGAUAGUGGAAGCUUUGGACUUCAACAAUGAAACCAGCGGUGCAGACGGGAAGCUGAUAGAGAAAUCCUCACACUCAGGCAUGAUCAACCCAAGCCCGCGCUGGCAGAAGCUGACUCACAACGGCCCUGUGGCCCAGUUUGAGUACCAGAUCCGGGUCAGCUGUGACGAGCACUACUAUGGCUUUGGCUGCAACAAGUUCUGUCGGCCAAGGGAUGAAUUCUUUGGGCAUUACACGUGUGACUACAAUGGGAACAAGACCUGCCUAGAAGGCUGGUCUGGACCAGAAUGCAACACAGCGAUAUGCCGGCAAGGCUGCAGCAACGAACAUGGAUCCUGUCAGGAGCCAGGUGGAUGCACGUGUUUGUAUGGCUGGCAGGGCCAAUACUGUGACAAGUGUAUCCCCCACCCCGGCUGUGUACAUGGCACCUGUGUGGAGCCCUGGCGGUGCCUGUGCGACACCAACUGGGGCGGCCAUCUUUGCGACAAAGAUUUGAACUACUGUGGUACACACCAGCCAUGCCUGAACGGAGGGACGUGCAUCAACACCGGACCAGACAAGUACCAGUGUUCAUGUGCUGAAGGCUACUCUGGAGCCAACUGUGAGAGAGCGGAACAUGCCUGCUUGUCCAACCCCUGCUAUAAUGGAGGGAGCUGCUCAGAAACCAAUCAAGGCUAUGAAUGUCAGUGUGUGCCAGGCUGGAGCGGUCUUUCCUGCAUUCUCAACAUUGAUGAUUGUGCUCCUAACCCCUGUAAUCACGGAGGGACCUGCCAAGAUCUGGUCAACAGCUACAAGUGUCUCUGUCCCUCACAAUGGACUGGGAAGACAUGUUUGAUAGAUGCCAAUGAAUGCGACGCCAAGCCCUGCGUGAAUGCCAACUCGUGCCGCAACCUGAUUGGCGGCUACUUCUGCGAGUGCAUCCCUGGUUGGACGGGGCAGAACUGCAACGUCAACAUAAACGACUGCAUGGACCAGUGCCAAAAUGGGGGGACCUGCAAGGACUUGGUGAAUGGUUAUCGUUGUGCGUGUUCCCCUGGCUUUGCCGGCGAUCACUGUGAGCGGGACGUCGACGAGUGCUCGAGCUCACCAUGUAUGAACGGUGGCCGAUGUCAGGAUGACGUGAACGGCUUCCAAUGUCUCUGCCUCGCCGGAUUUUCUGGGAAUCUCUGCCAGUUGGAUAUCGAUUACUGCUCGCCUAACCCGUGUCAGAAUGGAGCGCCCUGCUUCAACCGAGCCUCAGACUACUACUGCGCCUGUCCGGAGGACUACGAGGGCAAGAACUGCUCCCACCUCAAAGACCACUGUCGCACCACUGCGUGUAAAGUAAUUGACAGUUGCACAGUUGCCGUGGCAUCUAACAGCACACCAGGAGGAGAGCGUUACAUUUCGUCCAACGUGUGCGGCCCUCACGGCCGGUGCCGUAGCCAGGCCGGUGGCCAGUUCAGCUGCGAAUGUCAGGAGGGCUUCAGAGGCACCUACUGCCACGAGAAUAUAAAUGACUGUGAGAGCAGCCCAUGUCGCAAUGGCGGCACUUGCAUCGACAAAGUCAGCGUGUACCAGUGCAUCUGCGCCGAUGGCUGGGAAGGUGACCAUUGUGAGAUCAAUAUUGACGACUGUAGCACCAACCCCUGCCAUAAUGGCGGGACUUGUCGGGACCUGGUGACUGACUUCUUCUGCGAGUGCAAGAAUGGCUGGAAGGGGAAAACGUGCCACUCCCGCGAAAGUCAGUGCGACGAAGCCACAUGCAACAAUGGAGGCACCUGCUAUGAUGAGGGAAACACUUUCCAGUGCAAGUGCUCACCAGGAUGGGAGGGGACAACGUGCAACAUAGCUAAGAACUCGAGCUGUCUUCCAAACCCCUGUGAGAAUGGAGGUACCUGCGUGGUGAAGAGGGAGUCGUUCAACUGUGUCUGCAAGGAGGGCUGGGAGGGUCCCACUUGCACUCAAAACACAAACGACUGCAAUCCCCACCCGUGCUACAACAGUGGAACCUGCAUUGAUGGCGACAACUGGUACCGCUGUGAGUGCGCCCCAGGCUUCGCAGGCCCAGACUGUCGGAUCAAUAUAAAUGAGUGCCAGUCCUCUCCUUGCUCCUUUGGCUCCACCUGCAUUGAUGAAAUUAAUGGCUAUCGUUGCCUGUGCCCACCGGAUAGGAGUGGACCGCACUGUCAAGAAGUGACGAGAAAAGCCUGCUCUGUUAAUGGACACGUGAUCCCAGAUGGGGUCAAAUGGGAUGAAGACUGCAACACUUGCCACUGUUCCAAUGGGAGGGUCGCGUGUACAAAGAUGUGGUGCGGUCCAAUGUCAUGCCACCUAGGCGACAAAGGACAGGGCGGCUGCCCCUCAGGCCAGAACUGCAUCCCCAUCGCCGAGGGUCAGUGCUUCGUGAAGCCCUGCUCCGGCCUUGGGGAGUGCUGGCGUUCCAACCCUCCCCCGCCUGUCACCAAAUGCCACCCGAGCUGCUCCAGUUACCAAGACAACAGCUGCGCUAACAUUACCUUCACCUUCAACAAAGACAUCUUAUCCCAGAGCCUGACUGUGGAGAAUGUUUGCAACCAGCUGAGGCGCUUGUACGUGGUCAAGAAUUUCUCCUUGGAGCAUUCCGUGUCCAUAACCUGCGACCCCUCCUUUUCAGCAAGCAACGAGAUCCACGUCUGCAUCUCGACGGAGGAUCAUCGCCUGGACCGCAGCCCCGUAAAAGAGAUGACGGAGCGGAUCAUCGACCUCGUUAGCAAACGCAACGGGAACAACACCAUCAUCCCGUCCAUCGUGGAGGUGCGCGUGCCAAGACCCAGCAAAACCGACUACCUAGUGCCCCUCCUCAGCUCCGUCUUCAUCGUCCUCUGGGUCCUCCUGCUCGUGUCCGUCCUGCUGUGGUGCAUGCGGCGCCGGCGGAAACAGAGCAACCCGGCCGGCGCGUCGCCCGCCGGCUCCGAGGACAACACCACCAACAACGUGCGGGAGCAGCUGAACCAGAUCAAGAACCCCAUCGAGAAGCACGUGGGUCUGUCGGUGGCCAUCAAAGACUACGAAAACAAGAACUCCAUCAUUGCCAAAAUAAGGACAAAUCACCCCGAGGGUGACGAGGACGACAAGGAGAGGCACCUCCAGAAGGGCCGCUUCGCCAAGCAGCCGGCGUACACGCUGGUGGAGCGGGACGAGAAGGCGCCGGCGUCCAGCGCCAACUCCACGUCCAGCAAACAGCCUAAUUGGACUAAUAAGCAGGACAACAGAGACUUGGAGACGGCAAACAGCAUAAACAGGAUGGACUACAUAGUAUAGCGGACAGCUGUGUUGCUGUGCAACCGAGCCUUAAACGCCUUCACACCCCGGCGGUGGGUGAACCAGGGGAGCUUUGGCACGCCGCGCGCAUAAACUGUCGUGUCAGCGGCGACCCCGCAGUAUUUCCAUAUAACCCCCGUGUUAAUUUAAGUUCUGACAAGCUGGCUUACACUGGCAGUGACGCUCGCUUUGGUUGGCUGGAAAACACAAAGCACUGGUAAACACUUCACUGUAUGUUACGUUUACUCCAUUCUCAAUCCAGGCCCCGCCCCCUUUUCUUCUUCACUUUGACUCGGAGGUCACGCGGAACCAUCUCCUGGCAGAUUUGUUGCACCGCGACCUAAAAAGCGUAGGGCGACGUUUUUAGUCUCCUUUCACUUGUUUGUAGUUUGGGGAGAAAGUGCCUUUCGCAGCUGCAGACGUCGAAUGAGGAGAGGGAAAAAAGACCAGAAAAAAGAAACUUUAUUAUUUAUUUUUAUUUGAGGAGGGAGGGAGGGGGACAAGAUGGGUUCAAUGUCAGCCAUUUGCUGCCAAUAUGAAGAAUUUAUGUCGAUGUAGAACAUGUAGAUAUGUACAUUUUUUUUUUUAUUAAUCAUUGUGUAUAUUUGAUUUAUUAAUUUAAUAAUCAAGAGCCUUAAGAUAUCAUUCCUUUCUAUUUAUAUGUUCUGUUUAGUUUGAAGGUUUUGAUAGCUGUGGAAGCUCAUUUCUUUCAAUGACCUGUUUUUUUUUUCUCCAAUGUGUUUUAUAAAAGCCAAAUUUCAGAAUUUCAAAGACCAGAAUGGCCACUUUGGCCCAAGACUUUUGUUUAGUUUUGUUUUAACACAUUUGACGUUUCUUUAAAAUGUUGUUAGGACCUUUUGACUGAAGACAAGUCUGAAUGAAAACAAAGUAUUGUGGCUUUGGGGGAUGAUGGACACGAUGGCAGACAUUUUCCUCGCCAUCUAACAGUUAACCAGUAAGGGAACAAAAAAAAAAAAACAGCCUCAAGUUUCUCUGACACAUUUCAAAGAUACACCAAGGCAGGUCACAUGACUUUUGACUAACGAUUGACUGAUUCCUCGUCACUGAGUACUUGAAGAGCAGUUUGGCGAUGGGAACACUGUAGAACCACAAUAAAUUCACUGCCUCCCUCGA